GCUCCCGUAUUUGUUAUCAUUAACAUCUUAUACUAUAAAUAGUUGGAAAUCACAAUCGAUGAGGUAGAAAUCUAUAAAAAGAAAAAAUAAUGAAAGCUUUCUCAGUAUUAUCCAUUUAUGUGGCCAUCGUUUUGGCAAUAAGUCACACUGACGCUUUCACACGAGACGAUUUUCCAGAGGAUUUCCUCUUCGGAGCUGCCACUUCUGCUUAUCAGUGGGAAGGAGCUGCUGAUGUGGAUGGAAGAACUCCUAGCGUUUGGGAUGGUUUCACACCCAUUGCUGAUAACAAGGACAAAGGAGAUAUAGCAUGUGAUGGAUAUCACAAAUACAAGGAAGAUGUUGAGCUGAUGAAAAAAUUGGGUUUAGAAGCAUUCAGAUUCUCUAUCUCAUGGUCAAGACUUAUACCUAAUGGAAGAGGACCCAUCAACCCAAAAGGUCUACAGUUUUACAAGAACCUCAUCAAAGAACUACUAACUCAUGGAAUCGAACCACACGUUACACUAUACCACUAUGAUCUUCCUCAGGCUCUUGAAGAUGAGUAUGGAGGAUGGCUCAACCGCAAAAUUAUAGAGGACUUCACUGCUUUUGCAGAUGUAUGCUUCAGAGAGUUCGGGGAUGAUGUGAAGCUAUGGAUUACAAUUAACGAAGCUAACGUAUUCGCUAUUGGAGCGUACAGCCAAGGGUUUUUGCCGCCAGGACGUUGUUCUACUACCAAAUACGUCAAGUGCUCCACUGGAAACUCUUCUACCGAACCAUAUAUUGCAGCCCAUAACAUAUUGCUGGCUCAUGCCUCUGCUUCAAACUUGUAUAGACUCAAGUACAAGAGUAAGCAGAGAGGAUCCAUAGGCUUCUCCAUAUAUGCAUAUGGAUUCUUUCCUUAUACUAACUCCAAGGAGGAUGAAAUAGCAACUCAGAGAACUACAGAUUUCUUCUCUGGCUGGCUCUUAAAGCCUUUGGUGUUUGGGGACUAUCCAGAUUCAAUGAAGAGAAUCGUGGGAACUAGGUUACCUGUUUUCUCAGAGGAAGAGUCAGAGCAAGUGAAAGGUUCAUCCGAUUUUUUAGGCAUUAUCCAUUACACAACAAUGUAUGUCAGAAAGAGUACAACCACCACAUCUUCUAUCCUUCCUAGAGACCACGAGUUCUUCACAGACAUGGGGGCAGAGACUAUCCCCAUUGGGAAUCAAUCUAUUCCAUGGGGGUUUGAAAGUGUUUUGGAUUAUUUGAAACAGAGCUAUGACAAUCCUCCUAUCUACAUUCUUGAAAAUGGUUUAGCUACGAAUCACAGUUCCACGCUACAAGACACAGAAAGAGUUGAAUACAUUCAAUCUAGUAUUGGUGCCAUGUUAAACGCCAUCAGGAAUGGAUCGGACACGAGAGGUUACUUCUUAUGGUCGAUGAUUGACUUGUACGAGCUGGUUGCUGGCUACAAGCUCAGCUUUGGAUUGUACUACGUGAAUUUCAGUGAUCCUGGUCUCGAGAGGUCACCAAAGCUCUCUGCUUCUUGGUACUCUGGUUUUCUCAAUGGUACAGUUGUUGUUGCUCCUCAGGAUAUUACUCACCCGCAGAGCCACUUCUCUGGCUCCUCAUCUAUGUGAUGUAGUUAUUAUACAUAUAUAUAAGUAGUAACUAGAACACAGCCACGUAAGCUUCCAGAAGUAUUAUUUAAGUAAAAUAAUGUUUGCAUAUCGUUCCAAUAUGCAAAAGCACAUCUGUGUAGCGGUUUCACAGUACCCUUCACGGUACUGACCAGUGUUCGAUAUCCUGGCUGCGCAAUUGUAUUUUUCUAUUCCUUUUGAAUGAUUUCUCAAAUCUUUUAAAAAUCUUUGCCUCAAAUUCAAGCAACA